AUGCUCGAAAAACAGAUCAGCGCCUCAAGCGAUACUUCCUCACCAUCGGAGUCUUUCAAGACACCGGGGCGAGAAGUAGUCCAGAAAGCAACGCCGAUAACAUCUCCCAAGGGCUCGUGGAAUGUACCAGCAAAUGGCCAGGACUCGUGGAUUUACCGACUUGCGACGGACACUCGCCGUAACUUUCAAAACCAGGCUACUCCAGUCGCGACACCAACACAAAGUAUCGACAAUGCCAUGCUAUCGCUCAACGAGGCCUUGGACGAUCUCGGAAAACUAAGAAUCCGGACCGAUGCCAUCAAUGUCGACUUCAAGUUAUCCCCUGUUGAAGCACGCGCAUGCAUAGACGGCUUCGUCAGUGUGAUGAACGCAAUGGUCAUCCCAGAUUGGUUCGCCCCUAACAUGAUUGAUCUUGAGCUUCUCCGUGCUAUAACGGAUGUCAUCGACUCUCCGUAUGUGAACAUCGAUCCUGGAGUACGUGUCAUGUAUUUCAAUGCUCUGUAUUAUGGGUUGGAGCAGAGUGAAGGCCCUGGCUGUGACCUGGCAGCAAAAGCAUACAUGAAAGUACUUGAGAGUGUGCCAGCAUGGCUUGAGUCGACGACCGAGGCGAAUGCAGACGGACCGACGGCUGCGAUGACGAGCUGGACAACCAUCAUUAUGCACGAUUAUGAGCUUUCCUGGAAAUUCCACUGCAAGUCCUAUCAGCACAUCAAGUCGCAAGGCAUAAACCAGAUCGACGCCACACCUGCAAAGAACUUUGCAGAGGAGAGCCAACGGAAUUCUUUCAGACUAUUUUACUGGCAUGUCAUGUCAGUCGACGUCCUAUUCCGCUUGUUCUAUGGCAAACCUACCGUCGUAAGGUGGCUCUCAGAUAACAUUCGGCCACCAAGCAUCUUCACUCCCGACAACAUGCACCCAACAGCCUUUCACACAAUGAUCACCAUUACCUGGAUAAGAUAUACGGUACUGACUGUGGAGAUAAUUGACUACGUCGAUAAUCGAGUGCAAGACAGGACAGACCCAAGCGUUGCGCAAAAGGUAAACGAAUGCUGUUUACAACUCGAAGAGAUGAUGGAAGAAUGGAGACUGGAGGAAUUAAUGGACGACCAAAGAACAACAGACGAUCAGCGCUGCCUGAUUGCAGAUUUUAUCAUGAACGUUUACACUACAAUUAUUGGGAUUCAGCGCCUGAUCAAGAAAUCAAAACCGGAUGAGAUUAGCUUACGGGCUGCGCGGAAAGUUUCGAAUAUCAUCCUAGAUUUCCAGAUCGAUCCGACAUUGAAUGCAAAAACGAAGAGCAUAACCAAUCACUUCAUAACCUUCUACCCCUUCUGCGUAGUCUUCACACUCUACGAAUACAUACUCGCUUGCCCCAACCCCGAAGACUGCGAAAGCGACAUCGUCGGCCUCGAAAACAUCGGCAUCGCUAUGACCGAAGCCUGUGUCACCCACAAAGACCUCGCCCCCUUCGCUAAGACAAUAAAUGCCCUCAACCGCGUCUCCCGUACGCUCCAAGAAGAGCGCCGCAAGAACAUAGCCACCCCAAGAGCCACUGCAGCAAGAGAGGGAGAGGAAGAAACACAAUAUCAUAACAAUACUGCACAUGGACGCGUCGACCAGCAGCCACACCAGCAGCAGCAUCCACCACACACUAGUUUCGAUACCAUACAGAACCUGGUCGCGAACGAGUUACCCGAUUUCGACAUGUCUGCUUUUGCAUCCAUGCCAGAUUUCUCGAUGAAUGUAGAGGGAGACUUCCAGUCUCAUGGCUUCUUCCGUGCGCUUGAGAAUGAUCUUGUCAUGAAGAAUUGGCCAACGGGCGACUGGUGGGAUCUGAGCGGCGGUGGUGCUGGUGGCGUAAAUGAGACUAUGGGGCAGGGCCCUGCGAGUGGAGAUAUACAGCCUUCGCAGUAUUCGUACCCUACGCCGAAUCCGUGA